GGCAGAAUAUAUAUAUGUAUGUGGCCAUACUGAGGGGGAAAGGGGAGAUCAUAGAGUGGAACUGACAGGGAAAGAGAAGCAGACUGUGAGUGACCAUGUCUGGGGCGGGCAGGAGCCAGCUCAAAGCCUGCAGUGCCAAGGAGGAAAGGAAGCUCAGAAAGCCUCUAAUUGAACGAAAGAGGAGAGAGAGAAUUAACACUUGCCUGGAGCAGCUGAAGGAGACGGUGAUCAAGGCAUUCCAUCUCGAUCAAUCGAAGUUAGAGAAAGCCGACAUCCUUGAAAUGACUGUCAGACACCUGCAGAAUAUCCAGAAAAGCAAGAGCACAGGUGAACCUUCCCAGGGAAGUGUAGAUGCCCAGCAGAGGUUCAGCACGGGAUAUAUCCAGUGUAUGCAUGAGUUGCACAGCCUGCUGCUCACAUGUGACUGGAUGGAUCCAGCCUUGGGCGCCCGACUGCUCAACCAUCUCCUCAAGUCUCUCCCCAGGCCGGAGGGCAGAACGGCCUUCCUCAUACAAGACUAUGAGGGUGACACUGGGAGGACCAUGUCACCUUCCCUGUCUGAUUGUGAAGCAGAGCAAACCUCUGUACCCCUCCAUAGUGAUGUAGCACAAGGGAAGACACAGUGCUCUCUCCUGAGAUCCUUACAGAUGUGGAGACCAUGGUGACACCUUAGGGGGUUGCACACAGCAGCGAGACUCUGAGACCCUCAGAGGCACUGUGUCCUUUCUCUUUCUGUGUUUUCAUUCUUAAUACCAGCAUCUCCUUAUUCUCUCUGCCACCCUUUCACUAUCUGAUCCUAAGCUUGUCCUAAAGCAGAGAGUUGUUCAGUGUGAUUAGACUGGGUAUAAGAGCAAAGAGGGAACUUGCUGUCAGUCCUAGAUCUUCUAUAAAUAUAUGUAUCUUAUAGAUAUGAUAUGCUUUGUAUAACACGUUGGGGCACCCACCCCAUUAGGUGUACUAAAGACCAGGUGCUUCAGGCUGGAGUGCCCAGUUUGUAGCCUGCAUUGUAGAAGGCCUGUCCUACCCACUAUUUAUUGCAGAUAUUUACUAAUAUAACUAUUCUAUUCUCGACUAUUGGAUAAUUUACAUCUCUUUUUAUUCAAUAAAACGUACAAUUCUU